AUGACACCGUCAAUCCUCGUUAUUGCCCUUUUAUUCGUCACAACGAUCGCUCAAAAUGUUGAGCAUCGCGAAUAUCGCUGCAACAAAUCGUCCGCGCAAGCCCAGAGUUCAGUGUGCCAGCUGAAAUUUGGGCUCGAUUCUGAGGAAGAGCUCUCCGCUAUCAACGACAAUGGAUGCUUCAUGCAUUUCGAUUCCGACAAGAAGCAAGCCAUCGAAAUGUGCCCUCUUCAAUGCCGUCGAUCCAAUCGUGCCGUGAUUAUCGACAAUUCCGAUUGCGUGCUGGGAGAAUCCCUUGGCGUCGAACGAAGACAAAGCGAUUGGUUCAUGUGGCGAACACUUGAAUGCCGCAAAUCGAAUGGAAACUUCAAAAUCGAUUGUACAACAGCACCGCUGGUCAUCGAUGUAGACGAUUCUGUUGAUGAAGCUGGAGACGAGUCGCAGAUUGACGAUGGCUUCACGUUGCAAACCAAUAAGAAUCUCGAAUCUGAACCAACAAAUAAUGACAUCACGGAUUCUGAAAUUGUCGAGAAUUCCAUGGAAGAUAUCACUUCUGAGAAGAAAACAACCAUUACCACAGAAAAACCGAAAACUGAAGAGUCCGAAGACGAUCUUCCAGACAAGGUCGACGCCCUUCUCGGCUUCAUGUUCCCUUCAUACAGAAAGAAACAUUAA